GCAGGGCAGAAAUGGGCUAACAUAAGACAAAACAAUGGAAAAAAAUCAACCGUGAAACUGAAGACAACAUGGAAAUUAUGUGAAGAGGAGAAGGACGAACCAGCAAUGGACUACGAGCCAAAAAAAUCCAAAAAGGGUUUCGUGUCGCCCAUCAAACGCCUGGUCUGGUCCAAGUCCGGGCGCAGGGCAGUGGACCGCGGCAGUGUUUACAGACGCCCUCUACACACUGUUCCUCUUUACGCCCCUGACUACCUCAUCCACCCAGAGAGGCUCAUCUUCGACUACGUGGAGAAGGAAGUCAAGUUUCUUGGCCAUCUCACCUGGGUGUCAGUGUCCCUAAACCCAUCAAGUCGAGAUGAGCUGCUGCAACUUUUGGACACUGCCAGGCAGUUGAAGGUUCUGCCUCUGAAGACCAGUGUGGAGCAGGACUGCAUCCUGAGUCUAUCGGCCCGGUGUCUGCUGCUCACCUGGAGAGACAACGAGAAACUCCUGAUGCGCAUCCCCACCCACCAGAUUGCUGCUGCCUCCUACCUGCGGGAUGAUGCACUGCACCUGCUCGUCCUCAAGACAGGUUUGAAUGUUGACACAGUAGUUGCCGGGGACGAUAGUCUGGACCGCAAAAAGUCCAGUGGAGCCAACAGCCGACGUCAGAGUACAAGCAGCAACAACGACCCGCGUCCUGAAGGGGGCACCAUGGAGCGGCGGCACACCAUCUGUGGAGUGGACUGGAGGCCCUCCCUGUCCCGGAGCAGCCACGACAAGAACCAAACCCAGAAUGUGGAUCGAGGUGGGGAGCGGGUCGGGGGAGGGGGCAGCCUGGAGAGGAAGAGGGUCGGGGGCAGCUGGGAACGGAGACAACCCACCCGAAAACCCGGGGGAAGCUGGGAGAACCGCCGGGCCCGCCCCAUGAGUGGAAGCUGGGAGAGAAGACUGGGUGCGGGCAGCUGGGAGCGGAGAGGGGGUGUGGAGAGGGGCGGGCCAAUCUCAGGGGUGGCGGGUGGCAGCUGGGAGAGACGCCAGGCAUGCACUGGGAGCUGGGAACGGGGUAAGAGCUACGGAAGCUGGGAGAGGAGGAACCAUAACCCCCUAGAGCCCACGCCCUGCCCUGAUGCAUACUGCAACCUGGUCAUACUGGCAGUGGAAAACAAGGAUGCUGCAGAAGAAUAUUGCUCUCUCAUCUGUCAAAUGUUCCAGAUCAUUUAUGGACAUCGGACCAUCGAGUGUGUGGACCGAGCAGGCUUCCACCACACCCUGCCAAACCACUACUGGCUGCAGAGGAGUGACAGCUGCCUGACUGAUGUGUCGUACAGUUAUGACCCAGAGUUCAGCUGCUGCAGCUCAUAUGAUGGGUCCCAAGAGGCCUUUGAGCUGUACUACAGUGAGACGUACAGCGAGAGCUCGUCCCAGCGCAGUGUGGCGUCUGCGAGUGAUGGAGACAACAGCGCCGCCCUGCUGCUCAUGCACGACUACAUGACCACUCUGCGUAACAGACUGAGCCCGGGGGAGCUGCAGCAGUUUGCAGUGCUGCUCAGAGAGUAUAGACUGGGCUCAGAUAUCCAGCACUUCUGCUCCCAUCUGCUGCACCUGUAUGGGGACAGCCGAAAGUUCCUCCUGCUCGGAAUGCGGUCCUUCAUUCCUGACCAAGAUGUGGGGGUCUUUGAAAGUUUCCUGGAGAGCAUCGGCAUCAGAGAGGGUGGGAUUCUAACUGACAGCUUUGGACGCAUCAAACGCAGCAUGAGCAGCACAUCAGCCUCUGCCAUGAGAGGGUAUGAUCACUGCACUUCAGGAUCUGGCUCUCAGGAGUUUAACAGACGCAUGAGCGACAUAACCCAUGACAUCCAGGCACUGGGCUUUCAGGACACUCACGCCGACAUUGAGGAGGAGGACUACUAUCUGUGACCUCUGAACUCUUAACACACUCUUAGAAGGAUGUACAUUGCAAAAAGGUCUAUGGGUAAAACUGAUGUGUGUGUUACAGUGAUAAAGUAGCUGUUACAAUAUUAAACAACCAA